AUGAAGAAAGCAAACAAAAGAGUUAUCAAUAAUGGUUAUGGUGAUGGUAAUAAUAUAACAAGUUUAGAAGAAAUUGACCUGAUUAAUUUAGAUGGCGCGACAGUUACAUACAAUCAGCAGAAUGAUAGUAGCAAUAAUCUUAAUUAUAAUUGCUUGAUUGAAACGCUUUUAUGCGAUCUACACUUUGGAAGUAAAUCGUCAAUAGGUGAUGUUGUUAACGUAUUGCAACCAAAGUCAUUAGCAAUCAACGAGAAAUCAAUUCUUGAUAAUAACCAUAACAAUAAAAAUGGUAAUGUAGAGAAACCAAUUGUUAAUAAUAACGUUGAGAAAUCAAUUAUUAAACAAGAUAAUAAGAGUGUUGGUGAUUCGGCACAAAUUGAGUACCAACAAAUUGUGCCAUGUGAUAAUAAUGAAAAGGAUGUUAGUCGUGAUAUUCUUAAUGAGUAUUGA